AUGUCCGUCGACUCAGACCCUUCUGCUGUAGUAUCAAACUAUUGGGACAUCUACAACUCAACCAAGGCAAUCGUUUUCUUCGGGACACCGCAUCGUGGCUCAGACGCAGCUAAAUGGCUAGAUAUGUUGUCUACAAUCACGUCAAACGUGUCUGGCCGGCCCAAAAGUCGCUUUGCUGAGCUUCUGCAGACCCACUCUAACGGUCUGUUGGAGAUAUCAGAGGAUUUUAUGCCCCUCGCUUCAAGCUUUAGUAUCGUGAGCUUCUACGAAGAAUACGGAGAAGGGUGGUGGGGUAAAGUGAUCGUUGGCAAAUCGUCGGCCGUCAUGGGCCUGCCCAACGAAGAUGACAUCAUGAUAAGCGGCACCCACAGAUCUAUGUGUAGGUUUGAGCGUGGCGACAAGAGAUUUGAUGCAGUAUGGAGGGCGAUAAGACGGGCAUCGAGGGGGAACUGA